AUGGCUUCCAACAGCAAACACUUUCUUGUGAAGCAGAAGUACUAUGAGUGCAAGCAUAAUUAUGCAGCAAGUACCAUGGGCUAUGCACUUGAUGGUUGUCGUGAGUUUUGUCCAAAUGGUGCUCCAGAGUCUUUGAUCUGCGCGCCUUGCCUUUGCCAUCGAAGCUUCCACAGAAAAAUGGAGGUGGAGCUUCCUAUCCUCUCUAAUACUCACCAUAGGCAUGGUACUUCCCUUGUUAUUGUUGUUCCACCAACCCCAACAUCUCAACAACGGUCAAGAAUUCAUCCUCAUCAAAAGUACGACGAGAACAACAACGUUGCUGCCACGUCCCCACCACAGGGAGCGGAGACGACGGAGAUGGGCGGAGGAGAGAUAGAAGUAGUUGAGCAGAUGAGCAUCAAAAGAAAGAGGAUUAACUCAGAGCAAAAGGAAAGAGUGAAGGCUUUUGCAGAGAAGAUAGGGUGGAGGAGGUGGACAAAGUACAAUAAAGAAGUGAAAACCUUUUGUGCAGAGAUUGGAAUCACUCCCUAUUUCUUGAAGAAUUGGAUUGACAACAACAGACGCAGAUUUGGUCCUAAAAAAACCAUCUAG